UUGAAAGGGAGAGCGACCUAUUAUUAUUAUUAUUAUUAUUAUUAUUAUUAUUAUUAUUAUUAUUAUUAUUAUUAUGUGUUAGUUUUACAAAAUUCGGAAAAUUUAAUUUUUUUACACUUUGUGUAUGAUCAGUUCUUUGAGGAAGCGUAUUUUAAGUACAACGGACGGGACGUGUGUGGUUACUACGACUUCUUGAAGCCUGGCUUGGUGGUGGGCAAUCCAGACAUCCUCAGGGACAUUCUCAUCAAGGACUUCCAACACUUCGCUGACCGUAGGACCUUCGAUCUAGUAAAGGUGAGCCCCGUUGCUAACGACAUGCUGACGAACGCGCGGGGGGCGCACUGGCGCAUGUUGCGGGGGGUUGUGUCCCCAGCCUUCACCGCCACCAAGACCCGCCGCUUCUAUGCUCUUCUCUACACCCAGGCACAGCACUUGCUCACUGUGGCGCGGAGUACAGCAACCCGGGCACCUGUUGAAGCGCGGCAGCUGUGUGGCAAAUACACUAUGGACACCAUCGCCUCCUGCGCCUUCGGUAUAGAGUGUGACUCGCUGACCAAAGAAGCUGCCAUUUUUCCCACUAUGGCUACCAGGAUCUUCCAGCUCUCUCCCGUCAGGGCACUCAAGGUAAUAAUCUUGUUAAUGGCUCCCCGAGUGGCUGAAGUAGCCCAUAGCCUGGGGCUACAGUUCACCAGCUCAGAGUUCGAAUUCUUCAGGGAGGUAGCGACCCACACUAUCACCAGACGUCAGGAGACUGGACAGCGACGGGGGGACUUCCUAGACAUGCUCAUGGAAACCAAAAUCAAAGGAGAGACAAGUAUAACAAAUAAUUAA